GCCAAAGAUCAAGUAAAUUAAAUUUGGGUGCUCAAGGUCUUUUUGCCUCCAUCUACAUCACCAGACCUGAACUGCAACUACAUCGUGUGCGUAUACAAACCAGUUUCAACCCUUGAGUCACUUACACCAACUCAGUCAUUUCGUCUCCUUAACCCACCCCCUUAUGCUAGGUGCAACAACGGCAAACACCACCACAACCGCCGUAAUGACCGCAACAACAAUUGAAACAUCCGACUCAAUUCAAUUAUUGCUCCCCGAAAACAUGGAACCCGUUGUUCGCCCCUCGUCACCCACUUCGUACCUGACCCAAUACAGCAAUUCGCAAGCGGUGCAACAGCACGUGGAGGACGAGGAGAACUUCAGAACGGUGGUAGAUGAGGAAUAUAACGAGUUUCUGGAUCUUCACAAUGCAGGCGCAGAGACAGAAGAUGAUUCAGUUCAGAUAUGGAAAUCCAGAUUGAACGAAACGCCAGCGCACAAUAUCCAAGACCGGUCGACCCUGUGCCUGCCUUCGGGCAAAAUCAUCUCGCGUCGAAUUGUGGGCGCCUCGGACCGACAAGCCACAUCUCCCCGUAGCACAAAUGCAGGCGCUACUGGCCACGACGCAGAAGCGGAUCGAGAAGUGGGAGCGGACGGAGAAGAGGUUCGGAGAUAAGAUGGAUGAGCUGGGAAACCUGAAGGUUGUGGAGCGAUUUGUGAACGAUUUUCCUGGCGGAAUGUCGCACAAGGCGCGGUUUUUGUGAAGUGAACUACAGAGAUUGGCA